UGGCUAUCUAAAACCUAAUAAUUAGAAUCGGAAUUUAUCUAUUGCCACUACCGCAUAAAUUAAAGCACGAGCUCUGUGGAUGUAUAAAAAAAGUUUCUACCUGUCAAUGUCAAUUUUAAUUUGAAAAGUGAAAAUAUUUUGAAUUUAAUAAAAGUGUUUAGUAUUUGCGGGGGGCGACCAAUUCAAAAUUUAAUUCAAUCUAUUUUAACUGAGAUGGCAUAAAAACUUGUUCUAUGGCUGCAGCCAAGCGUGCCUUUUGCAGUUCGACACACUGCAAUACAGUACAAAGAACGAUUAAAUUUGAAAACAAGCACUUUUCAAAUUUUGUUCAUAUUCCUUACUAUGAUGUUCCCAAACGACAUAUUUGCUCCUACUCUGAAGACAGAAUUAGUGAUACAGCUUUAUUACCUCGACCUAGAACCCGAAGAAAUCCCAACGAUUGGGCUCCUGAUAAAAUGUUAGACAAGAAGUACAGAUCCCAGUCAGUGGGUGGAAUUCCAAAAAAACAUAAAAACAUGAAAAAAAAUAAUUGUCAUUCCUCGCGUCAGCUUCAUAGAAGUGAAAACUAUUCAAUACAAGAACUUCAUAACUCUGAACGUACAAAUAGAAGUUCCCACAGAAGGAAGAAACAUAGUAGUAGUAACAGAGCUUCCUCCAACGUUUCUUGUUCAACAUAUAGUGGUAACGAAGAAGAAAGUGAAAUAUUCACAGGCAGUUCUAGGAGAUCCAUUGAGAAUAAAAGAGGCGUAGGAGAUAAUAGAAGUGUGGGAUCGAUUGAAGAACAUGAAUAUUUACAUUUUCUAUUAAGGAUCACUGAAGAUAUAAUAAUGAAUAAUUAUAUUUCAAAUGAAGAUAUCCAAAGAGUUUUUCAAAAACAUAUAGCAAUGAACAAACAUGUAUUAGAUGAGAAAAAAAUGGAACAGCACAUAGCAAAUCUUGCUGCAGAAUUGAACCUUUCGGAUAAUGAGCUGGAGGUUGAGAAGAGGAGCCUUGAAGUCGGUCCUUCUUACGUUAAUAUAUUAUGUCUAAAUGCCACUUGCGAAUGUGAAAGUCCCAAAAGCGAAUUCGAAGGUUUUUUGACGACAUUUCUAGAUGAAGAACCUGAUAAAGGAUACUUUGAUGAUACAGUUUAUUACAAGCAUAGUUUAGGAAGAGUUACAGAAUGUACCGAACCGACAACUUCAUCAGUGACUGUAGUAGCUAAAGUUUCUAAUCAAACUUUUCUGGACCCUUCCACUACAGAUUAUCCAAUGCCUACAACAAAGUCGGAAAUUGUUUCAGCGAGUAAUGAGGAUCCAACUGAAAAGGAUCUUCAUAUUAGAGAAAUAUUGAGUGAGGUUUUAAUAACCGAUAAAACUAGUCCCGAAGACAGUCUUCAAGACAUACGUGAAAAUAUUGAGAAAGCGUGCGACUGUGACCUUAAAGAAUCUGGGAAAACCUAUAUUAUAGAACAAAAAGAAGCUAUGCUGCGCGUUUCUGAAAAUGUGGAAAAAUGCAUUCCAAUAACGGAUAUUCCAUUGAAAAUCGAUCGUGGUACAGACACGGCAUUUGCUGAAGAAAUACCCAAAACAGCAGAUGUGAACAUCCAAAUCAAUCUACCUCCAAUAAAAGUUUACGAACAAUCUAUCCAGACGUCUCCCAGAUUGCUAUCAAAAAAACCGACAACUUUCAACAGAUCCACUCAAAGUAUCUCAAUGGUAUCUAACCAAAAAUGUGAUACUGACGAUCUCGAUCCAUAUACCGUGAUAACACGUAAAGAUUCAAUUCCAGAAUUUAUUCCUAAAGAAGAAAUGUCUUUGAAAACUUCCACUGAAUUGGAGAGAGGAUUGAACACUUUUUUAGAACAAAAAUUAUUAGGAGAUGAUUACGAUUUGACACCGGAAAGGGAUACGUCAGAAAAAUGUAAUUUUUCAAUGACCGAUGCGGCUACAAUGUGCCAUCCAACCAAACCAUUGAUGAGUAUUGAAGAAGAAGAAAGUUUGCUAUUAGGAGAUCUGUAUGCAUUAGAUGAUCAAAUAUCUUUGCAGAGAAUGCUGAAUAACAGAGAAACUUAUGUGUGUAGGGAAAGUUUCACAUAUGAGGAUAAAGGAUCUUCGAAUUCAGAUCAUGUGGACGCCUUCAGGGGAUGGCUUUCGGAUAAAACCAACUUACGAUAUCUCAAUACUGAGAGAUUUGGUAAAUUAGAAUCAAUGUUCAAAAUAGAUUCUGGAACCAGUACGUCAUCUAUUUCAGUAAAAACGUAAAAUUAUCUUUUAUGCAAUAAAGAUUUGAAAAAUAAA